AUGGUUUAUGACCCCCUUCAUCUUGACCAUGUCGACUGGUAUCACAACCAAGUCGUCUUUCUAACCGGAGCCACUGGCAAUCUCGGAGGAUGUAUCUUAUACAAAUUGGCAGUGCAGCUGCCCACAAAGAAGAUAUACGUACUGUGUCGACGCUCUUUCGAACAGGCCAUGGGUAAAUGGGAGGCAUCCAUGCCGGAACAGGUGGAAGAAAUCUUCGACUCCGGUAAAGUCCACUGCCUCAUUGGUAAUACCAACGAGCCCCAUUUGGGACUGAAGAAAGCCGAUCGGGACAGACUGCAACAGGAUGUCACCGUCGUCAUCCACGGCGCGGCUUCCAUAUCCAUGUUCCAGGAGCUCCACGAGGCGGUCGAACAGCAUUGUUCGGCCAUGACGAACAUGAUCCGUCUCGCAUCCCAAUUAGCCCACCUGCAGACUUUCGUGUACAUAUCAUCCAUCUCGGUCUGCAUGUUGCUUUCGGAUGGAACUGCUAGGGAACAAUUCAUGAAGGCAUCGGCGGACGAGCCCGACCCCGAAGAACAGGUGGCUUCUAUCAUGGCAACUCACUCGUCGCCGUAUUCCGACCGAUUCCCGACCUCCUACAGUCAGGCCAAGUAUCUCGCGGAGAGGUUACUUUUUGCCCAGGAAGGUUCCUUUCCCAUCCUGGUGGUUCGACCAGCGAGCAUUGGGCCUGCUAUUCGAGAUCCAUAUCCGCUAUAUGGUGUUCCUGGUUCCACCCCGGUUGAUACAGCUAUUCAUCUCUUUACACAGAGUGGAGUCUACCGAUCACUGAGCGAAACAAGAAAGUUUUCAGAAGAGACAGUAAUCGAUGAAAUCCCAGUGGACCUGACCGCUAACGGAUGUCUCCUUCACAUUGCCUGCGGGAGCCGUGGCAUUGUUCAUCUCGGAUGCCAGCUGUACAUCACUCGAAGUCUGAGUGAUUUCAUGAUCCAAUGGCAGAAGUAUGGUCCGAAAGAUAUGGAACUCCGCAUCGCCAGGCUGAAUAAAGAGCGGAAUGGUGCUUUAGCGAGACAGGCCUACGAAGCAUUGUAUCGCAGUCACCGUGGUUGGUUCUUCGACUGCUCUCGCUCGCAACCCCUCCAAGUCACCGAGGGACCCAUCGGCCUGUCGCUUGCCAAUCAUGACUUUGAGCAGUAUGCAAGAUUGCGGAUGGAAAAGCAGGGGCGGAUAUGGACACAGCAGAUGAAGAUAUGGGAUUCGCAUGUUGAUUGA